AAUCAACAUACUAAAACAUGUCCAAUGUAACAUGUUUAUAUAUUACUACAGUGUGUAUACACAACCCUUUAGUAAUAGUCUAGAAAGAAAAUUGAAUGUGCAUUUUAAUAUAUCUCGUGUGUAAUUACAACCUUCUUCAUAUAUAAGCGAAAGAUCUUCUUAAUCAUUUGCCAUAUCGUAACAUUGAAGUAAUUUGUCAUUAGAUUUUUGUGUUGCAGUCACAGUUUUUAAUUUACCGUUUCAAUAUGUUGAUUGGUCCGCGCAUUAAGGUGUUUUGUUUUGAUAGUAUAGCUUAGGAUGUAUCUUCCAUAUUGCCGUUUAGAUGUUUUAAUAUCGUUUCCUUAUCGGUUGUCCUUGAACAUUGGACAUACGUGUUGCUCCAUAAUGACCUGUUAUCUAUUUGGAAUCUUAUACAUACAUGGCAGAUAUGUAUUGCUCUCGCAGUUUACUAACCUUUGGUGUUACAGUUAACACCUGAUUAAACCACGGAAUGUAAACGAGAGAAACGUUAUAGAUAGGCAGGGCCACGAUCAUAUACCUACUGUGUUUCACAAGUAAAUAUACGGACAGUUAUCACCUGAACAUCACUUGCCCAAGGGGACCGCAGCACACUUACGGCCUAAUGGCUAAUAGGAAGGAAGUAGCUGUAUAUGUGGUAGCUACAUAAUACAUGUACUUAAUUUAGUACAGAGUUAUGCAGAUUUAUUAAUGAUGGUGAUUGGUAGAGUAAUAAAUCAUUGCUGCUUUACCAGAAGACAACAGACAGAUAUACAGGACAAAUAUUGAUGCAGACAAGACGGGAGCCAUGGAUAUCGACCUCAAUAUUAACUCGAUCCGACGAAAAUGGUGGAAGUUCGGAUAUUCUCGGUACAAACCGAUUGUGAUUGGUGUCGUCACUCUUUUUGCGUUAUUUGUGGUGACCGAAAUCAUUUCUCUUCGGUCUGUGACACCGGAUGUGGCUCUUCCACGAGAAACAAGAAAAUCAAGGACUUUAAUGGAGAAAGUUGUUCAAAGGGCAGCAACUCGUGUAAAGUCGCAACAUGCUCCUAUCCUACUCGCAUUUGUUUUGAACGGUACCCUUCCAUUCGUGUAUAACUGGAUGUGCAAUGUGCGAGAUUUAAUUUCCUACGAAAAUGUGCUGUUCAUAACUCUGAAUGAUCAAGAUAAAGAGGAUAUAGAAAGCUUUGAAUCUUCAGUCAAUGUAUUUUCUAUAGAAAAAGAAUUUGAUCAAAUGAGUUUAUCGAAAAAAAUCAAAAAUAUUCAAAUACUGAAAUGGGAAGUAGAUCUAAUAUUUCACUUAUUGAAAAGAAAUAUAAAUGUUUUUGUGUUUCGUGUUGAAUCUGUGUGGUUACAAAAUCCUAUGACUUUAUUUGAAAAGAUGUUAUUUUCUGAUAAAAGUUUAGAUUUGAUAACGACAACAUUUUCAGGUCAUCCUUUCGUAAUAGAUACUGGUCUCUUUCUUGUCAAGUCCAGUGCUGAGUCUAUCACUCUUAUGGGCGAGUAUGCUGCUCGCCUAAAUAACCUACUAUUUCGGUUGGUCAACAGGGUCAGCAGGACAAUGUCAUCAGAAGACCCUUUUCAGUAUUUCCCUUUACUUAUAUACCACAGAUUCGGGAAUAUCAAAUACAGUCUACUUCCUGUAAAGCAUUUCGCAGAUGUCCCGUGGUAUGUCAAGUUAACUUCAUCUAAAAGUAAACCGGACAAAAGUAAUAUUUUCUUAAUACGCAGCUAUUACCCAAGCGAAGAACAAACAAAGGACAUAAUUAGCGUAAUGAAGGAUUUUGAUUUGUGGUUUCUAGGCGACAGUAACACUUGUAUUUUGGAGCGUGUCGCUUCUUUACAGAACGAUGUAAUAUGAUAUUCAUAUGUGUCUUACUUUACCUUCAUAUCACAUAGAGGAGAUCGUUGCUAUCUUAUGCAGAUUGAAAGCCCGGUAUUCCGAAAAUGAUAUUUCUGUAUAAAUGUAUUGGCUGGUGAAUGUGUUUCUUAGAUAGAUGAAUGUUUGCCAAUUCUCAUGUGUGUUUGUGUUAACGUGGAAAACUGAGAGUUGAUAUGAUGCCUGUGUUCAUAUUAAGAAUGGACUCCCAGCCAACACUAUAGUGUUCCUUUACCUUGAUCGAUGACAAUCGUUUACGAGAAACUUUUCGGGAAAAACAUGAGUUGGCGGUCACGUGAUAGAUAAGCGAGAUGUACACUUUUGGUGUAUAAAUGUAAAAUUUUCCUAUUAUAUUUGUUGAGGAGUGAGGAUUGGUAAUUUUGUAUGGGUAUAAAUAUUAUGUAAUAUUCUAUACGAAGGGAAAUCAAUCAAUCGAAGUCUUAUCUCUCAUUGGAUGAACAGACAUGAACCACAUUCCAGUGUUGUGGCAUAUUUUUGUGUCAAAAGUUCUUCAUUAGAAAUCUCAAUUAUUAUUGUCGGAAGUACAAUGCCUUCCUCAUCAUGUGACAUUUACAUCUAGUCCUGGGCUGAUUAUGAAGGGACACGUAUAUGUAUGUUGAAAUUUGAUUCUAUAAACUCAUAAUUAAUAGCCUUGUUUUUGUUAGACAAAUUCCAUUCCAGUGUUUCUAUGAUAAUGAUCAUUAACAUUUUUCCUUUACAAAAAUUAUUGAAACUGAAAAUACCGCUAAUUAUGAUGACGCUUAUCGUCAUUAUUGAUGGCAUCUGUGUCAGUAGCGCUGACGUUCACAGCUGGAAAAUAUAUCAUUUCUAACUAAUAUUGACAUGUCGUUUGCUGUUAGUCUUCAUGAUUCAUUCAAUCAAUAAAGUAUGUUUUGUUUCAUAGUCCUCAUCAGAUAACAUAAUUGUGAGUGACACGUAUAAACGAUCGCUUUUCCAUGAAUGGCGUCCAUUCACAGUAAUCAAUACUGCGCAUUCCGGUCUGCCCACUGUGAUAUAUGGGUACACAUGUCCAAUUAACCACAAAUACCAGGAUGUUGUCUUUAAGCAGUCCUCAUUAAUUUACACUCAAUCUCAAAGUGAUGAUUAAAAUAAUUGAAAAUAACAAGAAAAUUAUUUUUCGUCACUGUCAAGCUAUUAAAAUUGAAUAACAUGCUUAAAA